AUGGCUUUAGCUGACAGAAGACCUAUAGAACUUUCAAAAGUGGGCUCACCUUCUUCCCCAACAUUUGAUGCUACAUCAAUGGGAUUGAUGAGCUCUAAGAAUAGUCUUAACUCCUCAUCAGUUUCAGCCUUGCAUUCCAUUAACGAAAUUGAAAAUAAUCUCCACGUGCUCCCAGUUGAAUCAGAUGCUGAAGGUAUCGAUUUCGAUGUUGAUGAUGUUGAUGUUGAUAUUGAUGCUGAUGCUGAAGUUGACAUAGAUUUAAACAUUCACGAUAACGAUCUCCAUCUGUUAUCUGGGAAUUUGGAUGAUUUAGCUACCGGUGACAUUAAUUUGAUCUCUAGUAAUGAUGAUGGUACUCAUUCUUUUGAUGAAAGUCAUGCCAUUUCAAACCAAUCAAACGCAAUUAUGGACUCCCCUAAUAAGCAGAGACACGAAAGUAAUUCAAUUCCUAUUUCUCCAAGAGUAAAGAAACAAUUAAAACAAAGUACUCCUGAAAAUUUGGACUCUCCAUCUUCAAGACUGAUUUCUCCAGAUUCCUUGAUGAAUGGGGAUCGUAAGUCAUCCUCGCUGUCUUCAUCUAGGGGAUCCAGUCCUCAGCCAAACCCUUCCAUCAACGCAAGCUCGGGUAUUGUUCCAAAAAAGCCAAAGAACCCUUCUCGGGUGCCAAUUGCAACUGGCUUCUCAACAACAAUUCCGGUUACAGGUGAGAAACCAAGGCCUGAACAAAAAGGUGACUUGUCAUUAGAAGAUGAUGUGUUAUAUGCUAUUUUCCUCAUCUUGUAUGAAAAGGAUCCAGAAGGCAAGGGAAUGACUGUAAAACAAAUUUGUGAUAUUUUGGUUGAACGGCAUCCAGAAAUGGCAAGUUUAUCAACCAAAACUUCCAAUUUAGUAAGUGCAAAAUUGAAUGCCUAUGUUAAGAGAGUGGAAAAGGGUGAUGUUAACUUGAAAUAUGCCUUAUCCAGAGAAUGGGCCGAUGCUUCGCCAAAAAGAAUGGUUUAUGUGUACAGAGGUUUGUUGGCUGAGGAUUUCCAUCUUCAUGUGAAGAAUGCUAUGCAAAAGCAACAACUGCUGCUGCAACCAUUAUCAAGUCAAUCUGAUUCACACAAUCAAAUUUUAUUGAAUGGUCACAACUCACAUUCACAAAGUAGUCGGUGUGAGUCUCUGUCCUCAGGUUCUCCCACUCUGUCAAAACUUUCCAACAAAUCAGCUUUAAUUAAAAGUUCCGGAUUGACCUCUUCUUCCACCGAUUUGACUUCUUUAUCUGCCGAUCCCCAAAUUCAGUUCAAGACGAAAGGCCUUACUGAUAGUUCGUUUGAGCUUCCCAAAACACCAAAUCACACAUUAAAACAAAGAAGACAAACAAUGUUCGAUUUGGGAACAAAACAUACCCUUUUAGAUUCAACUUUGGAACGUACUAACUUGUUUGUUCCUUAUUCCUCAUUGCCAGUAACGGCAUCUCUCAAUGAAUUGAAUGGUGAAACCAAAAAGUUGUCUUUGAAUCUGGAUGAUGAAUUGGAGUUAGCUAACGGGGAUCGGGAUGAAGAAGAUGACGAUUUCGAAGUUUUUGGAGCAGAUGAUGAAGACGAAGAUCAAGAUGUAUUUGUUGAAUUGAUUCACAAAAAUGGUAAGCGUUCUAAAUCAAUGUCUUAUUUGUCAUGCAAUAAGAAGUCCAAAUUCUUAACUGCAGCUGCAGCAGCUCCUCGUAUUUCAAGACAACCAGCAGCCCAUAAUCCUUCUGCUGUCGCUGCAGCUGCUGCUCUUCAUGCUGCUGCUUUGGAGGCUAUUUCUAGUCAUAAAUCCAAUGAAGGCUCAGGGAAAACCCUUCCUCAACCAAACAAAAAAUGGUUAAAUGUCGUUAGAUCAGGAUUUUUGACUCAAGAAAUUGGAGCGCCUGAAGAUACUAGUUUAUCUGAUAUUGAUAAAUUUUUUGGCUAA